AUGUUCACCGGUCGGAUAGUCGCCCAAGCCGCCCGGUCUGCAGCUCCUCGCGCCUCAAUCGCUCCUCGCGCAGCCAUCCGGAGCUACGCUCAAGCUGCGAACUCCGCCUCGACGAGGCCCCCGGUACCGCUUUAUGGCGUCGAUGGCACGUAUGCCAGUGCUUUGUACACCGCGGCCGCCAAAUCCUCCGCCCUCGACCCGACAGCCAGGGCGCUGGAUACACUGAACAACGUCUUCAAGAAGGACGCCAAGCUGCAGGCCGUCCUGUCCGCCCCGACGCUGACCGUCGACGACAAGAAGCAGAUCGUCGCCGAGCUGCAGAAGCACAUUGGCGGCGCGGACAAGGGGGACGUUGUCAAGAACUUUUUGGCGACGCUCGCUGAGAAUAACCGCUUGAGCAUCCUGCAGAGCGUGUGUGAGAAGUUUGCGGUGCUUAUGGGGGCGCAGAGGGGGGAGGUUGAGUUGACGGUUACGAGUGCUGCGCCGCUUGACAACAAGGUUCUGAGGCAGUUGGAGAAUGCGAUCUCCAAGUCGCAGUACGUGGGCCAGGGCAAGAAGCUCAAGGUUGUGCCAAAGGUGAACCCCGAUAUCCGAGGAGGUCUCAUUGUCGAGAUCGGCGAUCGGACUAUCGAUCUCAGCGUUUCGUCGAAAAUGGCCAGGAUGAACAAGCUCCUCAAGGAUACUCUGUAA